GUAGGCUUGGACGGGGAGAAGAAGAAGCGGUUUUGGGAGGAUUUAAAUGAGGUGGUAAGAGUUGUUCCUAGAUCUAAGAAGAUUAUUGUAGAAAGGGAUUUCAAUGGUCAUAUCGGGGUGGUACUGGGGAGCUAUAGUGAUGUGCAUGGGGGCUAUGGUUUUAGGGAGAGAAAUGAUGAGGGAGUUGCUUUAUUGGAUUUUGCGAGGGCCUUUGGGUUGGUAGUAGUGAAUUCGAGCUUUUCGAAGAAGGAAGAUCACCUGGUCACCUUUCGAAGCGCAAUAGCUAAGAUGCAGAUUGACUUUCUGCUGCUUUAG